ACGAGUUCCAUGUGAUUUUUUACGUAUGAGUCAUGGCCAUAACUGACAAUUUCUCCAUGUGCUCAUGCUCCAAUUCUCCGACGUGGGUCAUCUGCCGGCCAUACAUCCGGUGACCGGAAAUAUGCUGAUGGUCUUGAAGACAAGUGUCGUGAUGGCGAAAGGUCGGAAAUAUGGAUCGAGCUAUCGUGACCGUCUGUUGGGGAGUUACGGUUAUGGUCGCGGUCAUACGGUUAACGGCACGGAUAUAUCGGAGCUAGUCGAAGAAGAUGUGUGGUCCGUGAUCGACCACGACGAUUCGGAUAGUGCAAUCACUAGACGAAGUAAUCAACGAAAUGAGAGCGGCUCGGAUUCGACGGUUCGAUCGAGGCAGUGGGCCACGAGAGAUGACCGUCAAUUGGGUGGACUGUCAUUAGCAUUCGAGGAAUCGGGGAAAGCGACGGCGAGGAUCGUACACCAAUUUCGUCCACAUGAUAGUAGUAUGGAACCAUCGAACGAGCGUGGUAUGGCCACGUCAGCGCCUAUGAACGUUCCUGAUUGGCCUAAGAUACUCCGAGUCGAGUCAGUUGAGUCAUUGGGUGAUGAGAAUGGGACAGUGGAGUAUGAUGAUGAUGAUGCUGAGUGGGUCCCACCGCACGAGUAUCUGGCACGUGAGUAUGCUCAGAGCCAGAAGAUGGCGGCCACGUCGGUGUUCGAGGGGGUGGGCCGCACGCUCAAGGGUCGGGAUAUGAGCCGUGUACGGAACGCGGUGUGGAGCCGAACCGGGUUCUUAGGUUAAUUAAGAGAUAAUCUCAAUUAUUUUUGGCUGUGAUUUGGCCAUGUGAACUUGAGUGUUUUCUAGCCAUUGAGCUUAAACAAAAUUCCUACGGUGGAGAUUGCACUUUCACCGUCUUUGAUUGUAUGUGUCCCACCUAUUUCAUAUAUUUAUUAGUGGUUAUUACCA